GUCUUGUCUGUCAAUAGUAAAAACAAAACACACAAAACAACCUCGAAAUGUGAUAUAUAAUAGAAAUACAAUGCAUUGUGUUAAAAUUAGAAAAUCAUUACAUUAUUAAUUAUACGAUAAAAGUAAAAUGCGUAAAGUACAUGGGAAUGAUUCUUUUCAGCGUAUUAACUAUCUAUAUCAGAUAAGUAAAUACAUGGCGGGUAAAAAUCCAGCCUUGUCUUCAUAUUAUGGCAACCUCAUAAUCAAUAUCGGAAAGAAAAACGUCUUGAAAAUACAUCCUGAUAUAAAAAGGCAGGUUUGUAAAAAGUGUCGUUGCAUACUUGUUCAUGGUGUUUCAGCCGAAAUGCAAUUGAGAACAAAAAAUAAUAGAAAGUUGAUGCAAUGGAAGUGUAACACUUGUGAAACAUCAAAGACAUUUAUCUUGGACAAGGAUGGAGAGCGGCUCCUGUGGUUGGAGCGGCCGGAGGCAGUUGUUGAAGUUAUUGCUUAGGCUGCAAACACAAGAGUCUGGUGGCCAGAAUGUGGUGUCCGAAGGGAACUGCUGAAUACACAUUACAGUCAUGCAGUUUUAUUGUAACUUGUAACAUACACAUGUGGGGAGUGGGUACAUAAUGAGUUGUAUUCAGUCACUGCUGACUACACUAGUGGGUAGUGUGAGAUGACAGCUGCUCACUGUUUGAAAGUAAUGGCACUUAUUGCCAUUAUAUGAUUGACUUUAUAAUAAAACUAAUAAAGAUAACAGCACAUUUU